CUUAGUUUUAGAGAGCGGCCAUUGCUUUCUGCUCAGUACGUUGGACGUGUGUUGGAUUUUCAUCUUGUAUGAGUGGUGAUUUUGGAAUUGCAUCCCGCGUUCUUUUGUGUCUAGAAGAGCAAGUUGAGACAGGUAGACACCCAGAUAACUCAAUCCCAAGAUGCGAGAAAUCAGGCAAGCCAUGGACCGCGGCGUCUCGGCGGCGGAGGAGAAGUUCAGCGCAGUCCACGUCGAAGAAGUCGUAGUACAGCGCAUCACAGAGGAAGACCUCAUGAACCUGUCCCGCCAGUCCAUGAACAUGCGCUCCCUAACCGGCCUGCGUAUCUGCGGCGUCAUGCUCGUGCAAGGCUGCAACCAAGCCGGCUACGGGGUCGACUGGGCGGUCAUCGGCGGGAUCAACGCAUUUCAGCUCUGGCACGACUACUUCGGCUUCGGGACGAGCGGGGGCACGUUUGGGACGAUCAAUGCGCUGAUGAGGAUUGGGACGGUGUGCGGCGCGCCGUUUCUGGCGCUCUCUGAUGUGAUCGGGCGGCGCGGGGUGAGUUUUUUGGGGAAUUUUAUUGUGUUGGCUGCGGCGCUUAUGCAAGGACUGGCGACGAAUAUGCCGACGUUUAUGGCUGGGAGGUUUUUUCUGGGGUUUGGGUCGGCGCUGAUGUCGAGUCCGCAGUACAUGGCUGAGGUUGCGCCGGUGCAUCUGCGUGGACGGCUGGUUGGUAUCUUUGGCGCGUGCUUCCAGGUUGGCAGUAUGGCGAUGAAUGCUGCGUUGAUUGGGUUCUCGACUAUUGGCAGUCACUGGGCUUGGAGGAUUCCAUUGAUCCUCGAAGGCUUGUUUCCGUUGAUCGUCUGCUCGCUCAUAUAUCUCAUUACUCCAGAGUCACCCCGAUACUUGGUACAGCGAGGGAAACGCGAGGAGGCAAAGAAGGUUAUCGCGAGAUACCAGACCACGUCUGGCUCGGUGGACGAGCCAAUCGUCGCGCUGAUUCUGGCGCAGAUCGAAGAAUCGCUCGAGACGACUCGGACAAGUUUCAAGGCGGCCUGGGACUUUCGAGUCUUCGCGACUUCGAUCGUACGCUACAGACUUCUUGUCCUCGUCCUAUACUCCUGCUUCCAGUCCUGGAACGGGGGCUCGAUCGUGUCGUACUAUUCUACGCCAGCUUUGGAAACGGUCGGAAUUACAAAGAGCAUCGACCAGCUAGGCAUCAAUCUGGGGCUUACAGCGACGUACUUCGUUUUCACGUCGAUAGGCGCAUUCCUGGUUGACAAGUUCUGGCGACGCACUCUCAUCUUUGCUGGCCUCGUAUCCGUCAUCACCAUGCAGACGCUCGCGACUAUAACUUCCUGGCAGUACUCUGUCACUGGAUCCAAGGCCACGUCAGUACUGACCAUCGUUUGGAUGUUUAUCUUCCAAGUCUGUUCUGCACUCUUCAUCGCCACAAUGCACAAUCUCUAUCCCGUAGAAAUCCUGUCGCUUCCGCUGCGCGCAAAAGGGAUGGGCCUCUAUGGUCUGAUUCAAGGUGCGGCAGGCGCUAUUGAAGCAUACGGCAUCUCCAUCGGGAUAGCAAAGAUUGGGUACAAGAUCUGGACAGUAUACAUUGCGUACAAUUUGUUUCAGCUCAUAGCUGCAUUCUUUGUGUUUCCGGAAACGAGCAAUCUGAGUCUGGAGGAGAUUGAUGCUGUAUUUGAGACUCCAGGCGUUCACCCGGUGAAGAUGAGCAUGUCCAUCCAAAAGGGUAGAAAAGAGCGGAUGAGGAUGAUGGAGUCUGUCCGUGGCGACGAUGGCGAAGCUGCUACUGCUAUACAGUAGGUUUUAGCGGGAUAGGCUAUGUCAGACUUCUCGGGUGCGUUGUUUGCAGUCUGAGUAUUGCGACUUGUAUCGAAGUAGUGAUAUUGA